AUGGAGUUUACGCCCAAGCAGCUUGCCAAACAAGCAAGGAGUAAGACUAAGGCCCCUACACCAAAACCGCCCAAGGGAUCAACCAAGAUUGAAGAUGAGGCCAAGCCAAGAAGAAGGCAUUGUGCCAAGGGACAUUCAUGGAGAGAUUGUCUAUCCAGCUGUGAAUCACCCACCAGAUACUCAUUGCAAGGAGAAAAGACUUGGAGGAUCAAAGAUGCCUCUUGUCUCUAUCUUCUCCUGAGUGCCAAGCCUUACAGUCAAGCUAAAGACUUAAAACAAGCGCUGCAUGGGAGGCAACCCAUGAGAAGGAGAAAAAGGUGUGAAAACACAAUCCGCGCCAAACCAUUGGCCGCGGACGCGCAAAAAUUUUGGCCGAGCAAUUUCCAACCGGCCGACCGUUACGGUCGAGCCGGGAAGGAAUGGCUUGUGCUCGGCCGGAUCGUUUCUAUUGCGCGACAGAAACUCCGCGCGACACGCACGAACCGGGAAGGAAUAGGCCGCGAUCGGCCGAAUUUUCGUAUCGGAACGGACCGACCGUGCCGGUCGAUCCGGGAAACAACGAUCGGCCUCGGCCGAAAUCUCUCGCCAAACAAAUUUGGCCGACCAAAUCGCUCGACCGCGACAAAAUCCAUCGGCCAUCGGCCAUCAAAAUUUUCUCGGCCAAGGUACCCAAUGGCAAAGACAAAAGGAAAUGAGAGUAUGAAGAAGAAGAAGAACCCAUUCAUGGAACCACCAAAGAAACAAAUCAAGCUAGGGAGUAGUAGCUCCAAUGCAAGAGCAGCAAUACCAACUUCACCACAUUCCAUUGAUGCAAGUCAAGAACAUGUGGAGAGUCCAACAAGAGGAGAAGAUGAUUGGGCACUUGUAAGCUUUGUUGGAGAACAAAUCCAAGACCCAAGAAAGUGCAAGAAGGCAAUGGAGAAGGUGAACAUCGAACCUUGUGUGAAGAUGGACACCCAAACCCUUGACCUUCUCAAGAUAAGAGAUGAUGUCACAUGGUACAUAAGGAAGCUAGGCUUGAGCAAGCUCUUCAAGCUAGAGUGUAGUGAGUACUCACUACUCACCAAGGAGUUCCUCUCCACAGUAGCUCUUGCCUUUCCCAACCACAAUGGAGACCAACCAGCUGGUGAUGGACUCCUACUCUUCAAGAUAGGCGAUGCCAAUGGGCGCAUCUCCAUCUCAGCUCUAUGCCAACUCUUUGGACUUCCCAAUGAGACAGCACAUGACUUCAAGGAGAACUCAAAGAGGAAACAAGCUGCCUUUGCUGAUUGGACACACUUUGCCAAUGAACCAUUCUUGCCUUCAAGAUCAAAGGUGUCUAGAAUCACUCAUCCAGCCAUUCGCUAUGUGCACCGCCUCAUCUCCACCACUUUCCAAUGCAAACAAGAAGCCAACAAGGUCACAACUGAUGAGUUCUACAUCCUCACCACACCAUUCAUCAAGCAUGAGUACAAGGCCAACCUUGGUCUUUUACUUGCCAAGACAUUUAUCAAUGUGAGGAAGCUAGCUAAAGACUUGGAAGGCAACAAGAAGCUUUGUGUUCGUUUUGGGAGGCUUAUCACGGCCAUAGUACACAUGUGGGGAUUGACAUUCCCAACUAUGAGCCACUACCCAAGCCAACCCCUUUGGAUCUCUUCAGCAUAUCCACUUCCUAAACCGUUGGACUAA